CCUCGUCUGCCGCUUGUUCUAUGGCGGCCAAGGCCCUCCAUCUACGAAGGAGGCGAAGUGCUGCGAGCGGACUACUGUAGCCACGGUUACCAAGGUCCACUCCAUCUGCCGACUAUAAGAGCCUGCAGCCCAAGCUUUACGGUAACCUCUCGUUUUGUCUUUUCUUUUGCUCAAGUGAUACCCCCGAUAGAAACAAUUUACAAUCACAGCAAUCAUGUCUCCUUCCAAGGUUAGCACCGUCAAGUUUGACGAGUUCUACAACAUCAUCAACGGCGAGAAGCGAAGUGCCAAAGAUCAACACCACGGCACUAACCCAUCGACUGGCGAGAAGCUAUGGCCAGUCCCAAUUGGAGGUCAGAAGGACGUCGAUGAGGCUGUCGCCGCUGCGAAGAAGGCCUUUGAGACAUACAAGACUACAACUCUUGAGCAGAGGAAGGAACUGCUUAACAAGUUCAAGGAUGCCCUCCUCGCUCACUCCGACGAGAUGACCGAGCUGCUCUGCACAGAGACUGGCAAGCCUAAACAAAUUGCCGAGAUGGAGACCAAGGGCGGUGUUGAGGGUUGGUUUGGCCACCACAGCAACCUGGACAUUCCAGAGGAGAGCAUGGAGGACGACCAGAAGGUCAUCACCACUCGCUACACACCUCUUGGUGUUGUUGGUGCUAUCUGCCCAUGGAACUUCCCAAUCAUCCUCUCCCUCGGAAAGAUCAUCCCAGCUCUCCUCACUGGUAACACGAUCAUUGUCAAGCCAUCGCCGUUCACCCCAUACACCACCUUGAAGGUCGUCGAGAUCGCACAAGAAGUCCUUCCACCUGGUGUCCUCCAGGCCAUCGGCGGCGAUGACUACCUGGGCCCAAUGCUCACAGCCCACCCAGACAUUGCCAAGAUCUCCUUCACCGGCUCCAUCGCCACAGGCAAGAAGAUCAUGCAAGCCUGCGCCGCAACCCUCAAGCGCGUAACCCUCGAGCUCGGCGGCAACGACGCCUCCAUCGUCCUCCCAGACGUCGACGUCAAAAAAGUCGCCCCAGAACUCGUGAUGGGUGCCUUCCAGAACUCCGGCCAAGUCUGCGUCGCCACCAAGCGCAUCUACAUCCACAAGGACAUCUACGACGAGAUGCUCUCCGAAAUGGUUUCCUUCACCAAGACCUUGACCGUCGGAGCCCCAUCCGAAGGCGCUUUCCUCGGACCCAUCCAAAACGCAAUGCAAUACGAAAAAGUCAAGACCUACUUCGAAGACACCAAGAAGCAAGGCUACAAAUUCGCCGUCGGAUCCGAAGAAGUCCAAGCCGGCAAAGGUUUCUUCAUCCAACCCACCAUCAUCGACAACCCACCAAACGACAGCAAAAUCAUCCAAGAAGAGCCUUUCGGCCCUAUCGUCCCAACCCAGCCAUGGGAAGACGAGGAGGAAGUCAUCAAGCGCGCAAACGCCAGCAAUGCUGGUCUGGGUGCUUGUGUGUGGGGUAAGGAUGUCAAGCAUGCUGAGGAGAUUGGUAAGAGACUUGAAGCUGGUUCCGUUUUCAUCAACUCGUGGGAGAAGCCCACACCUCAGGCUUUCUUUGCUGGGCACAAGGAGUCUGGUAUUGGUGGUGAGUGGGGUAAGGAGGGCCUUAAGGCUUACUGCAACGCUCAUGUUAUGCACACGUAUAAGGCUUAGAUGAUUGUGGGGUGUGCGAAAUGAAGUUAUGAAUGGGAUCCUUCUUUCAGAUUGUAUAUAGUUAUGAUAUGAUACCUCUCGGCAGAGGAAGUUUUUAAAGAUUCAGAUUCCUAUCGGAGU